AUGGGAAACAACCCUCUUUUCCUCUCUCUUUCCCUCUGCUUCUUAGUUCUUUUCAAUGCCUGCCUUGCCACCAACGACAACUUCCGUUAUGUCUCCCGGCGCUUCGGUGAGGCCGGCCAGAGCCGGUAUCGUGAGUGUCGUCUGGAUAAGCUCGAAGCCGUCGAACCAUCCCGUCGUAUCGAGGCUGAAGGUGGAGUGAUCGAGAUGUGGGAUCCUAGCCACGAGAUGUUCCGGUGCGCCGGUGUGGCUAUCCAGAGAUAUAUUAUCGAUCCAAAUGGCCUUCUCCUCCCUCAAUAUACCAAUGCCCCGCGACUUAUCUACAUUGAGAGAGGGAGAGGGUUUAAAGGAGUUGUACUCCCGGGUUGCCCUCAAACGUACCAAGAGUCUCAGCAAUCGGGUGGGGCGUUCCGAGAUCAGCAUCAAAAGAUUCGCCAUGUACGUGCCGGCGACCUCUUUGCUGUACCGGCUGGUUCUGCUCAUUGGACGUACAAUGAUGGUAACGAAAGAUUGAUUGCAGUUGUUCUUCUUGACGUUAGCAACCAUGCCAACCAACUUGACUUCCAUCCUAGGACUUUCUACUUGGCCGGGAACCCAGAGGAAGAGUUUCCAGAGUGGAGAUUGCAAUGGAAGCGAGAGCAAGGACGACACAUGAGCGGUCGCAAGGAAGGAUCGAGUAACAAAAACAACAUCUUCUAUGCCUUUGACGAUAGAGUUCUUGCAGAAAUUUUGAACAUAAACAUAGAGUUGGCGAGGAAACUUCGCGGAGAAGAUGACUUCAGACGCAAUAUCAUAAAGGUUGAGGGAGGACUUGAGGUGAUCAGACCACCAAGAUCACGAGGAGGACGUAGAGGAGAGGAGCAAGAAUGGGAAGAGGAACAAGAAGAAGAGAUGGAAAGACAACGUGAGAGCCACCAACGUAGUCGAUGGGAUGAAAAUGGUUUGGAUGAAACUAUUUGCUCAAUGAAAAUGAAGGAGAACAUUGGUGAUGCUUCGCGUGCUGACAUGUACACACCCGAAGCCGGUCGUCUUAGCACCACCAACAGCCAUCGAUUCCCUAUCCUCCGCUGGCUUCAACUCAGUGCUGAGCGGGGUGUUCUCUAUAGGAAUGCAAUGUACGUUCCACACUGGAACCAAAAUGCGCACAGCGUAAUAUUCGUAACAAGAGGGAGAGCGAGAGUACAAGUAGUAAACUGCAGAGGCCAGACCGUAUUCGACGGCGAGUUGCAACAACGACAGGUUCUAGUGGUUCCACAAAACUUUGCUGUAUUGAAGAAAGCAAGCGAAGACGGGUUCGAGUGGGUUUCAUUCAAGACGAACGAUAACGCCAUGAUUAACACAUUGGCCGGGCGUACCUCCGCAAUGAGAGCAUUCCCAGUUCAAGUCAUUGCUAGUGCUUAUAGAAUGUCCACAGAAGAGGCUCGACGGCUUAAGUUCAACAGGGAAGAGACCACUUUAAUUCCUCCAAGAAUGUCAUCUCGUUGGCCCGCAUAA